GCACAAAACUCCGGAUACUCUACACCACCCGCCGCAGCAGCCAAGCCCAAACAACCGUUGCAAUCCAAGCCAACGUCUGUGAUGGCCACAACCGAACGUGAACUAGACACAUAUGCAGAUGAUGAAGAUGUGAGCUCGUUGACGAUCACCAGUUUAACAUUGGACUUGGGCACCCCCAACACCAACAACUCCUUCGCCACAUCACCAGUGAAUGGGCCCAAAAGCAAACAGACGCAGAAAAAGCAGAUGAAAGACAAGCUUAGCCAUGAGAGCGACACCUAUGAAGCACGUCGCACGGGUGGUGUUACAACAUACUCGGUAAAUGAGGUGAAGCACAGACCUGUGCCGUUACCACGGCCGUCUACGACUGCGGGUAUGUUGGGUGGUACAAGUGGAUGA